AAAUGUUUUUAUUAAAUUAAAAAAAACAUCUUUAUCUGAUAUCGCCACCGUUACAAUCAAUCUCUUAGAUACAAGUGAAAUGCGUUUAUGUCAUAAAUGGAUGGAUGGUACUUUAACAUACUUGAAAAUUCCUCAAUAAUAGUAAACAGAAUUUAACAGAAUGAUAAGAGGAUUUAACAUAUUUAUAGAAAUUCAAGGAGGAAACUUCAUCAGUUACUCAAUACCAAUCAUUAAGAUAACAGUUUUAAUCAUAUUAUAUGCCUUCUUUCUACAAGUUUGGCAGAUGACCCAAUCAACACUCGGUACUUCCCCAAAGACCUUAAAUUGGGUGUGGCAAACGCAGCCACCCAGAUCGAAGGAGACUGGAACGAGAAUGGCAAGGGACUACUGGGCUCACAAUUACCCAGAGAAAAUUGCCGACCGCUUCACUCCCGAUAUCGCUUGCUACUUCUACCACAAAUACAAAGAAGACGUAGCUCUGGUAAAAGCCAUGGGCCUGGACUAUUAUCAUCUUUCAAUCGCUUGGUCCAGGAUCUUAAAAAUCCAUACAAAGUUUCAGUCCCAUAUUUUCUACUGCGUUUAUGAUUGGUUGUACGUUUCCACGUAAUGCUAUUACUAGUGCCAUCUUCAAUGCCAUAUAUUAGAUAAACGCAAAAUAAAAUAAGUCGAACACUCAGUAUACUUAGCAAGU